AUGGUAUUAAGGCCAGAUGAUGGUAUCAAAAGCGCUGAUGCGUGUAUUGUCCUCAAGAACGGAAUUCUAGAAAUGGGGGAUGAGAAAGAUUACACAAUCAGCUUCAACGCCAUGCAAGAAAGUGGAACAAUGGGUAUGCAUUUCAACCAUUCUCUGUGGUCUAUUUGUGAGGGCAUAAAUAUUUUCCACAACCCCGAUGAACGGCAUGGUCUUAGUGCUUUGGGGAAACACUGGUUGGGGGGACUAAUGAAACAUGCCAAGGCACUGACUGCCCUUUGGUGCCCAACUGCCAACUGUUACAAUCGCCUGCACGAACAGGAUCGUCCUGGGCUUAUCUACUGGAGCACUGAAAUAGGCGCUGCUUGCGUUAAAGUCAAGACUUCGGAAACAGGUACCUAUCUGGAAAAUCGUAUUCCAAGUUCGAUUAGCAACCCCUACAUCACUCUGGCGGCCACCAUUGCUGCAGGUCUUGAUGGGAUUGAUAAGAAACUGGAAUGUCCACCCGUGGAUCAACGAUCCUCUGACGCUCUCCCUAGCACUCUGUCACAGGCUUUAUAUGAACUUCAGAUAGAUACGGACAUGGUAAACAACCUGGGGAAAGAAUUUGUUGAAUGGUUUGUGUGUACCAUGACAGACAUUGAAUCGCAGGUGUGA